GAUAGGCCGUGAUGAGUGAUGAAUUUGAUUUUUUUUUUGAGGGAAGAGUGAUGAACUGAUGACACGCGCGUCGUGUGCAGGCCGGCUCGACCCAACUCCCUCCCGCGUCCAUAGCGUAGCGACGCACCCAAACCGUCCCGCCGCACGCACCACGUAUUAUCACACCGCCUCCUGUUCCCGCCGCAGCCCCCGCGACCGACAGCUUCGCCCCGAGAGCGAUGCGGCGAGAUGCGGCCGUCGCGCCCGCGGCGGUCGUGACCUCGCCGCAGAUCGCGGCCGGCGGGGCGGAAACGGCGAAUGCCGAGGCGGCGGUCAUCGACGUCGACUCGGCGCCAGCGCCAGCGUCGGCGGCCAUCGACGUCGACCUCGAAGCGGGGGGCGCGACCCACGGCGUGGCGUGCCGGAUCUGCCACCUCAGCCCCGAGGGCGGCGACGGGCCCGGGUCGGAGGUGAUCCGGCUCGGCUGCUGCUGCAAGGAGGAGCUCGGCCACGCGCACCGACAAUGCGCCGAGGCGUGGUUCCGGAUCAAGGGCGAUAGAAUGCCGUACAAGCGCACCGGGCGUGUGGCUUCUCCCUCCUAGGCCAGGAGUUGCCGUUUUAUAAAUGUGAAUGAUCUUGAAGUUAGCAGACUAGAAGUCAGGAAUACAGUGCUCGUUCUGAAAUCUGAAUGGCCAUAGGGUCAAAAUUCUAUGUUAUAGAGGGGAAAGCUUCAGAGUUCAUAGGGCAACAUGAACAGUUAUCGCUAUUAGCCACUGAGCCAAAGUUGCUACGAGAGAAGAGAAUGUACCGAUCUUGCUUCUUUGAUACGGCAAAGUUUUAGCGUCUUAGGUUUGGCCAAGCUUCACUCGCUGUUGCUUUUUGAAAUGACGAUUUAGGUUGGAGUGGACGUUCGGAAAAUGUCUGGGGUGUUGCUUGGUAGCCACCUCAGUAUAGAAUCUCUUGUGUGUUUUUUUUUUUGUGUGUGGAAGGGUUAUUGUCCUGAAUGAAGCAAAGGACUAAAUUCGUUCCUUCUGGAUGCUGGCUGGGAUUAUGCUUUUCACCCUCUUGUAUGUCGUGACUAUCUAAGCCUUUAUGUCACUCUCGACAUGUGAGUGGCUUCCCUUUGGCAUUGACGAUAUGAGAUAUUUUUAUCAGAUAAACCCAAUUGUCUUUUUCUCUUGGCUGGGUCAAAUCAACCAACUACCAGGGUCUCUGCAGUUAUUCAAAUUCUCAUGCUUUAACAAUCUUGUAUCAACCAAAAAAAAUCCGUAGGCGAACCAAACCUUUUACAUUUAAUUCAGUUAGCAUUUUUCUUAGCAACUAGCCAACUACCAGGGUCUCUGCAUUUAUUCAAAUUCUCAUGUUUAACAAUUUUAUCAAUUUGUCCUGUGAUCUCUCUGAAACUUGCAUCAAGUGGCUAAGAAAUGCAAAACUUUAA